GUGGAUGCUGAUUUCGGCAGAAACGAUUGGAAUAAAAAACUAAUUUGGACAGUCAUUUGAUCACAACGCAUUAAUAAUAAAGAAAAACGUUUUGGAAGUCGUAGGAUCCAAGAUGAACAGUGAAAAAUUGAAAAAAUUGCAGUCGCAAGUGAGGAUUGGCGGCAAAGGGACCCCAAGGAGGAAGAAGAAGGUUGUCCAUUCUACCCAGGCCACAGAUGAUAAGAAAUUGCAAUCAUCUCUGAAGAAACUUUCCGUAAAUACCAUUCCUGGCAUUGAGGAGGUCAAUAUGAUAAAGGAUGAUGGCUCUGUCAUCCACUUCAAUAAUCCAAAAACUCAAGCCUCCUUGGCUGCUAACACUUUUGCCAUCACCGGUCAUGGCGAGAAUAAACAAAUCACUGAAAUGCUUCCCUCAAUCUUGAAUCAGUUGGGCCCUGAAGGUAUUUCUCAGCUUAAACGUUUAGCAAGCUCGGUUGCUAAUGCAGGAGUCAACAAAAUUGUGCCAGAAGAUGAAGAAGAUGUCCCAGAUUUAGUGGAGAACUUCGACGAAGCCAGCAAGGCUGAGGUUGCCAAACCAGAGGAUCCCAAAGCUGAUGAGAAGCUAAAAGAAAGUGCUGAAAAGCCAAAAGAAAGCGCUGAAAAGCCAAAAGAAAGUGCUGAAAAGCCAAAAGAAAGUGCUUAGGUUAGAUUGACUGCUUAUAUUUUAUGUUUUUCAUAGUUUAAACUUUUAUAAUAGAUAGUGUCAUUGGUUGGAAUUUGGUAUUAAGAAUAAAAUUAUCAAGGAAUAAGGUGCUACACUAUUUUUUUCACUAGCUUAACAUGUUCGCUGCUAUCUCUACAGGGAGUAAAACCCCAGGGGAUUAGUGGGAUUACAUUUUUUUAUUUCAAUUUUGUGUUAUUAUUAUCGGCCUAUAACGUUCUACAUCUUCCAAUUCCCAUAAAUUGGAAUAAAGAAUAUUUGGCAAUGUCUCGAUUGUGUUUUUCUUAGAGCUGACUAGCUCCCAGCAGUCAAUCGCAGCGAACAUGUUAAACCUCUUGCGAUAAUAAUCUUACUACUAACUCGUACCAAUGAUGCCACAAAAUCAUUGCAUAUACAUAGUUCGAAUUGAAGUUGAUUUCCAUUCUUAACCUAACAUUUUGUUACAAAUUUUAGAAAGUAUGUUACAUUACAAUGAAUUAUUGUAUUACAUUUUUUGUUGAGUGUAUAAUGUAAUGUCUAAAUUAGAGGUACCGAUUUUUUUUUUUUUGAAUAUAGAGGACUUGUAACAUCUGUUUUUUCUUU